AUGCAGUUGUGGUGGAUCUUACUGUUUGGUUUUUGGAGCGUCUGCGGGGAACUGCCAUUCAUAGCGGAGAACAAUGCCGUCAUGUUGGUUAACUGGAACGCUGUCGAUGGGAACAAAAAGCUGUACACCGUCUAUGAUACCAGCGUCAGUGAACCGGGGAACAUGUCUUUCGUCAAAGACACUGUGGAUAAACUGUUGAAAGGAUAUGAUAUCCGUCUUCGGCCAGACUUCGGAGGUGCACCGGUUGCUGUUGGCAUGAGCAUAGACGUAGCAAGUAUAGACAUGGUGUCAGAAGUCAAUAUGGACUACACGUUGACGAUGUACUUCCAGCAGUAUUGGAGAGAUAAGAGACUGGCCUAUGCAGGGAUCCCUCUCAACCUGACACUGGACAACAGAGUCGCAGACCAGCUCUGGGUCCCGGACACCUACUUCCUCAACGACAAGAAGUCCUUUGUUCACGGCGUCACUGUUAAGAACCGUAUGAUCCGGCUACACCCGGACGGCACUGUACUGUACGGCCUCAGAAUCACCACGACUGCAGCCUGCAUGAUGGAUCUGAGGAGGUACCCGCUGGACGAACAGAAUUGCACCCUGGAAAUUGAGAGUUAUGGUUACACGACGGAUGAUAUAGAGUUCUAUUGGAAAGGUGGAGACUCUGCUGUGACCGGGGUGACUCGCAUCGAGCUCCCUCAGUUCUCCAUCGUCGACUACAAGCUGGUUUCCAGGAACGUGGUCUUUUCCACCGGUGCCUACCCUCGACUGUCUCUGAGCUUCAAGCUGAAGCGAAACAUCGGAUACUUCAUCCUGCAGACGUACAUGCCCUCCAUCCUCAUCACCAUCCUAUCCUGGGUGUCGUUCUGGAUAAAUUAUGACGCCUCGGCUGCCAGAGUUGCAUUAGGGAUCACCACUGUCCUGACCAUGACAACCAUCAACACUCAUUUAAGAGAGACUCUGCCCAAGAUCCCCUACGUCAAAGCUAUAGACAUGUACCUGAUGGGCUGCUUUGUGUUUGUGUUCCUGGCUCUGCUGGAGUACGCCUUCGUCAACUACAUCUUCUUUGGAAGAGGACCUCAGAUGCAGAAGAAGAUGGCUGAGAAGGCACAGAAGGCAAAUAAUGAGCGGGAUAAAUUUGAUGGGCCCAAGUCCGGUCUGGAAGGAGGAAAUUGCAAGUCUUCGUCUGUUAAACUAUCCAGUCAGGUGCAAGGACGCCGUCCCUCACCGAGGGUCGACUCCCAGGGAAACAUUUUGCUGACAACCUUGGAGAUCCACAACGAGGUGGGAGGGAAUGAGAUCACCACCACGGUGAGCGAGCGCCACAACUCCUCCUCCACGGCGUUCGACAACUCGGGGGUCCUGUACAGGAAGCCGAGCGGGCCGCGAGAGUCGGGCCGCCUCAGCACGGACAGGAACGCGCACGUAAAGAAAAGCCGUCUGCGGAGGCGAUCGUCGCAGCUCAAAAUCAAAAUCCCAGACCUCACCGACGUGAACACCAUCGACAGAUGGUCACGGAUAAUAUUCCCCUUCAGCUUCUCCCUCUUCAACGUGAUCUACUGGCUCUACUAUGUCAAUUAAUGCACUGAUGUUUUUUAAACCUGUGUCUGUCUCUGUGUCAUUUCUGACUUCUUUAUGUGAAGAACAUAAUAUGGUGAAAACCUUUUUUUUAAAUCACAGCGCAACUCAGAGAUUCUGAGUUGCGGGAGGAAUUAUGAGGAAUUAUCUACAGAACAACAAAGACGGUGAUGAACUGUAACGUACUCUCUCUCUCUGACUCCUGUGAGAGCGGUGACAUUACAUCCUGUGGGUUGAGGCGCUGACUCUGUGCCGUGUUGUAUAUCAAAAAGACUAUUUACACUGCUUUAGGUCAGCUAUUACAAACACCCAGAAUUUCAGUGUUACAUGUGGUCGCUGUAAUACGUAUUGCUAAUGACAAGACAGCUGAUGAAGAUUCAUUUUAAUAUUACAGUUGUCUUGUCAAUGUGCACAUGGACAAACAACGCUCUCAGACCAGAGUUUAUAUUCCGGAAAUGAUUGGCAGUGAAACCAGAUUUACAGGAAUUGUUCAAUGUUUUGGGAAAUCUUCUCAUUCCCUUUCCUUGCCGAGAUUUAGAUGUACCACUAUAGUACAGUUAGCGUAGCAUAAAGACUGGAAACGUUGAGUGAAAGUCAAAGACAAAUUAGCCGCCUAUCGCGUCUAAAGCUCAGUAAUAAACGUUUCAUGUUUAAUCCAUACAUGAACAGAAAUGUAAAACGUGCUGUCCCUGUUGAGAGACAUGGAGCUUCUUAUUUAGCGCCCAGACAGGAGAGUGGUAUCAAUCUUCUUAUAUCGCUCCACGAGAACGUAAAUCAGAGUAUUUCCCAAAAUUUAGAACAUUUUUUUAAAGAUUUACAGCUACCCCUUUGCUAUUGAUUUCCACUUUUAAUAAGAAUGCCAUGUAGCCGACAACAAGCGUGACAUGAGCGUCACACAGAGCGGUUCCAGGCUUCUACAGAGAACAUGUACGAUAUCUGGUCAGUUUACACUCUUUCACUCUUUGUCACUGUGCUUUCAAGACUGCUGUCACACUUUUUUAUUGGUUUUGUGAAAAAUGUAUUCAAUACAGCAUAAUUCACAUGGCAACUUGCUUUCUUUUCUUUAAAUGCGUGUGCACCGAGCACACACUCAUUUUUGCAGACAUCUUAUGUCAAAUUUUGACCAACCUCCACGUCCAGAAACAUUUAACGUUAAUGCUGGAACUGCACAUUUUCUUCACUUGACAUUAAUUACAAGCCUCUGUUGUCAGCCGUGUUUUGCUCAGUGAUUUCCGGCCUCGCUGUUUUCUUUUGUUAGUUCUUACACAACAUCAUCGUUUCCCAUUUGUGUUGUAAAUAUAAAACACAAUAUCACA